GGUUGUAAAUACUUAUAAAUGUUAAUUAGGCUUAAGGCUCGCACUAAUAAUAGAAGCGCUGGACAUGCCACUGCAUCGCAGCCAUAGAACUACGAGAGCCACAAGCAUUAGCACGCGGUUUAACUGCCACAACCAACGUGCGCAUCUUCAGAGCUGGCCAUGGAGCAGAAGUCAUCGUUAUCCGUGCGAUGGCUGCGGCGCUAUCGUGUCUGCUUUGUAAUAUUACUUUUAAUUGUUGCCAUCCAACUAUUUCUGGCUUACAAAUCGGUUGAGCUGGAUUUAGCGGGCGCACUGCGCACGCAUCGUGAUGCUCGGGAGGCGGAAGCGCCGCCACCAGAGCCCAUUACCAGGCCAACUCCUGUGCAGGCUGGUGGUAAGCACUUACGCAUAACUUCUAAGGAACUGGGCUUUGAGCCCGAAUGUGAUAUCAAUGCCAAGGAAGCAAUAUCGGCACUGCAGCGUGCCAAGACGAAAGACUGCCGUCAACAUAUCGCCAGCAUAGCCUGUGCCAUUCAAGCCGGACGCUUCUAUGCGACCCAUCUUCAGAGCAGCUGUCCCGCAGGCAACCAUAGAGCCAAUGUAUCGCUGGGUUGCUAUCGUGAUGAGAGGGAUUCACGCCUGCUGGGUGGCUACUUUACCAGCUUCAAAACGUCCAAUUCACCAGGCAGCUGUGUGGAACUCUGCCUGCAGUCCGGUUAUCCGUAUGCGGGUGUGCAAUACGCCCGCGAAUGCUUCUGCGGCUUCGAUACGCCCCCUAGUUCCGCCAAACUGGCCGACUCAAGUUGCAAUAUGAAAUGCAUAGGCAACGCCAAGGAAAUCUGUGGCGGUAUCUAUGCCAUGAAUGUCUAUGAAACGGGCAUUGCCAAAUUUACGCCACAAUUGGCAGUCAGCACUCUAGCGCCGGGGCAAGAACCACGUGCCGUUCGCAUUGCAUUUCUGCUGACAUUGAACGGUCGCGCCCUUCGUCAGGUCCACCGACUGCUGCGCGCGUUAUAUGCGCCCCAGCACAUUUACUACAUACACGUGGAUGCGCGUCAGGAUUAUCUGUAUCGUAAAUUGCUGGAACUGGAGCCAAAGUUUCCCAAUAUACGUUUAGCACGGAAGCGUUUCUCGACAAUUUGGGGCGGCGCCUCGCUGCUGACCAUGCUGCUGCAGUGCAUGCAAGAUUUGCUGCAGUCCAGCUGGGAAUGGGACUUUGUCAUCAAUUUGAGCGAAAGUGAUUUUCCUGUAAAGACGCUGGACAGGCUGGUCGAAUUUCUGAGCGCAAAUCGUGGCCGUAACUUUGUCAAAGGCCAUGGCCGUGAAACGCAGCGCUUCAUACAGAAGCAGGGCCUGGACAAGACGUUCGUGGAGUGCGAUACGCACAUGUGGCGCAUUGGCGAUCGCAAGCUGCCAGCCGGAAUACAGGUGGAUGGUGGCAGCGACUGGGUGGCGCUAUCCCGUCCAUUCGUCAACUAUGUAACGCACCCGGCUAUAGAUGACGAGCUGCUGCAGGCACUGCUGCACUUGUUCCGGCACACCCUGCUACCCGCCGAAUCCUUCUUCCAUACGGUGCUGCGCAACACGCAGCAUUGCGAUACCUAUGUGGACAACAAUCUGCAUGUGACCAACUGGAAACGCAAGCAGGGCUGCAAGUGUCAGUACAAGCACGUGGUGGACUGGUGCGGCUGCAGUCCGAAUGACUUCAAGCCUGAGGACUGGCCGCGGCUAGAGUCUACCGCGACGAAGUCUCUGUUCUUUGCGCGCAAAUUCGAGCCGAUUAUCAAUCAGGCGGUGCUGCUGCAGCUGGAGGAGUGGCUCUUUGGACCCUACACCAGCGAGUACGUCAAUCUACGUGGCUAUUGGCAGUCGCUCUACCACCACGAGGAUGUUCACGGUGCUGGCGAUGAUCUGGCGCGGACAGUUGGCGACAGCCUAAUGCGCCAGUCUGCUCAGCAGUUCAAGCUGGAUGCAGUGCAGCUGCUGGAGCUAACACAUUACCUGCAUCGGGAUCAGUAUAAGGGAUUCCUAGUGCGCUACAGUGCACUGGUAAGGAACACUUCCAAAGAGCUGCAGCUGGAGUCGCGUGUGCGGCCGGUGCAGCAUGGAAAAGUGGCGAAAAAUUCACGUGUCACCAAGCGCCUGCGCAACUUUGAGGUCUCCACGGACUUCGAUCAGAAGGAGCAGGUGGCGCGCAACUUCGCCAAGCUGUUGGGUCCACACAGUGAUCUAAUGCUGAGCUAUACAUAUCAGGGAGUCGCUGGCUCACAGGACACAUCGCACUCGUACAAUUUGACGCUGAUCUGGCUGGAUCCAUUCGAUCGACUGCAGGACUUCAAUGAGCUGCAUGUGGAGGACUCCCAAGUCGAUGUUAUCAACCACUCCAAGACGCUACUCAAGCGCCCGCUUACGCCCGGCAUCUGGACAGCCAAGCUAAUUGGACGCACCUCCAUCUAUGCGCAGCUCAAGUUUCUAGUCGCUCCCCUGGCCUAUGCCAACGGUGAGCCUAUUCAUACAGCAGCAGCUGCACGUGCUCAGAACGGUGGUCAAGCUGUGUCGCUGCCCGCUAACUUUGAGAUGCCCGCGGAGUGGCAGCAACAUCUGCCCAGCGCGAACGAAGUCAAGACCCUACUCGAUGAGGCAUUAGCUCAUGCGGAACUCAUUGGUCAGCCUUUGUACAGCCGGAUCGAUGAUUUGGUUGGCAAAUUCUUUCUACUGCGUGAAACCUGCAUCGUGGACGGAAAUAGCGUGCUGCCGGAGCUGCCGCUUUGUCGAGACACCACCUGGAGCUCGCUGGCUCCGGAUCCCAAGAGCGACAUGUAGUCGCUGCUCAAGCGCCGAUAUAUAGGUUGAGUCAUUUGUUAUAGCCAUUUUCGUAAACGCAACCAUUGAAGUUUUUUUUUUACCAUUUGUUAUUCAUAUUGUUUUUGUACAUAGCUGUGAAUGUCUCUCGCUCCGUGUGUUUUUUAGCCAUCUCGUACGAAUACUUAAUAAUCAUAUUUUCGAUAAGAACCUUUUAGAUCCAAUAUUAUGCUCAACGCACACAGAACUCAAAUUAAUUGAAAGUUAACUCGACCCUUGCAUAAGCACCGAUACACGAUUUUUAUUUAGUUUUAGAUGCCAAUGUUAAUUUUAUGCACCUGAGCUUAAACUUGAGGAGAAACCUGAUUUCCAUUAAGAAAUCUUAUACUGUAAUCUAUAGAGUUCCAAAUAGAUCUGUAUAUAUAUAUAUUAACAAAUUUAUCUAGAUAGAAUACCAAUAAUUACCUUAUAUACAGAAUCGUCCAUUAUGAUAAUGAGCUUAUGCAAGAGCAUAUUAACUUUCGAUUUCGUCACCCUAAUCUUAAGUGUUUUGCCUUCAAUCUUCUGCACACUUUUCAAACUCUUUCCGAUUAAGAUUCAACUCAAAUCCUUGCUUCUUUUAUAAUGUUGUGAUAUGUGUAAGAUGGGAAUGAGUUUGGGGACUUGCAUCUUGAAUGCUCGCAAGUUUUUAAUGAGUAUUACAAACAUUAUUAUUGUUAGCCUUUAAGUAACUAUGCGAUGCAAUUGUAACACUGGACAUAUUCGUAUAACUUUACCGUUUAGUAUAAACUUUUGAACUAUGCAACUA